AUGGCCCCCGUCCCUGCCGUUGACGCCUCGUCCGUCCCGCUCGCAGACUAUUUCUUCAUCUGCGGCAUCGAGUCCUCCCAGGUCUACGAUGAGCGCUCCCAACCCACCACCAAUGGCUUGACCUCCGCCCUCUCCUCUCCUCCGGCCGUCGACGUCGGCGAGACCAUCGAAGAAGACCGCGCCCUCGAAACCGAUACGCUCGCCCGCCCAAAAUCACAAGACGGCCUCACUAACGCCAACAGCGACACCAUCCCAGCCCGCAAGUCGUCCGCCCGCCACAGCCACGAGAACCGUAAUUCCGUCAGCACAAUCACUGGCUCCGACUCCACCUCCAAGCAGACAGCCAGCAACCGCAGCAGCGCGACCAUCAAGGGCGUCGCCAUCGGCGGCUCCGGCCUCAGCGACGCCGAUUUCGAGCAAGCGCUCAGGAAGUUUGCGUCGGAGCGGGAUACGUUCUUGGAAGAGAUUCAGUUCUCCGCCGGCGUUGCGCAGCAGAGUCGUCCGCCAAAGCCGCCUCGUCCGAGACUGCAGCGGCCGCCGCCUACGACGACGAAGAAUGAUGAGGGUGUGGGGAAUAUCAAGUCUGGAGUGGGGAGCAUCAGGAGGAGGAUCUCGACUAUGCAGAGUAGUCUAAAGAGGCAGCCUUCUAUGGCACGGCAAGCUUCUAUCCGCACUUCGAAACGGCUAUCAGGCUACAAUUCUGUCAUUCCAGCACCCCAACCUUUCAGUCCCGAUCCGAAUAUGCACCCGCUCUUGCGCCGCUAUGAACCCGUGCUGCUAGACCGCUACCCGCCGAAGAAUAUGGUCGAAGAAUUGAAGCGGCGAAAUCCCUUCCCAGACUACGUACCCAUGUUCGCCUUCCCCAACGAUGUGAAUGUCGUGUCAUCGGACGAGCGCCCAAAGACCUCCUGGCACGGCUUUGCCAUGACCAACGGCGACGGCUCGAAACUCUACGGAAUCUGCUUGAUUGUAUGGCUGCCUCUGAAUGCGACUGCUGCGGAGGGCCUGGAGCGGCAGUGUGAGGAAUGGCGGAGGCUCCACAUGAAUGCGGAAGAGCGGGAACUGGCAAGCAGCCUCGGUGAACGCCUAGCUCUGGAGAGAGCCAAAUUGUCUCGCCUUUUGGCGAGAUUGCCUACCAUUGCGUCGGGAUCGCAGGAGCGGGAGAAUUUGGAGGAGGAGAUUAGUACAGUCGAAGAGAAGAUUGGCCUAAUGACCGACCUUCUGCGGCCUGUGAGACACGGUGCCGCGUCGAAGAUCGAAGGCCUCACCGACGGCGAGACGGGUCUCUGGAUUCCGCGAGCGUACGGUGUUAUGGGUCGCGACCCCAGCCUGACCCCGCUGUGGAAGGAAUGGCUGAAGGCAGUGGUGGUUCCCAUGACCAACGGCGUUGUGAUGCGUGUACCCCCGAGCUCACCCCGGAUAGGCAUGUGGCAACCGCUGGAGCGUUACGUGGUCAACCUCUGUGUCGAGGCCCUAAGCCCAAUAUCCUCCAUCACACAGGUCGAAGUCGCCAUCCGGGAACUUCGACUCUAUGCGCGGAAGGAGGCGGCCAACGAGAUCCCUGGGUCCCGCAACAUCGACAUAUACGCCCUCUUCAGAUGCCUGUCUAUUCCGAACAUCAUCACACUCUUCGAAUAUGUCCUUGAGGAGUCGAGGAUCAUUCUGCUUUCUUCACACACGGCGAUGCUGCAUCUAGCAAGCAUGGCCAUUACGAACUUGCUGUAUCCUUUUAAAUGGGCCGGCGUCUUCAUUCCGGUUCUGCCCUCUCGUUUGAUCCAAACUAUUGAGGCCCCUUGCCCAUAUAUCGUUGGUAUUGAGAGGAGAUAUGAGCCUACCGAUUACCCCGAAGACGACUAUGUUCUCGUCGAUUUGGAUACGGAUACAGUGGUAUCGAAUGGCCCUGCCCCUACCCCUCUGCCACGCCAGCAGAGGCGGAAGCUUACCUCGCUCUUGCAGCACUCCGCACCACAUCAUACCAGAUACGGAGUGCCCGUUGGACCGCCUGCAUAUGCGAUCGAAGCAUACCCAUAUGAUAACUUUUGUUCAGAGAAUCCUGGUGUUUUUACGCAUAGGGCUCACUCAUUGACUAUACCAAGCUACAUUGGGAUGAACUCAACAUCGUACGGGACUACGGUCGGUCCGGGCAGUUCACGACCCCUGAUCUUCAAUGCUUUCCUUCAAUCGAGCGUGUCGAGCCGGGGAAAUGACAGGCCAACGACAUCGACCACCAUCCGAACCAACUCCAACUCUCCUCCUUCUCCCAAGAUCUCCCCUAUCUCUCAGGUAUUUCCUCCCCUCCCCAGCACCCCCAUCUCACGAAGCGAUUCCGGCUAUGCACUGCAAGCCAAUCUGCGGGAGAAACGAUCUGGCCAUUUCGAGACAUCUUCCCGACGAAGCUCAUCGGUACGUUUUGGUCACCAGCUUGUUCACGGUCUUACUCACCAUUCCCGCUUCCAGUUUGGCUUUGAGCGUGCGGCGACUAUGCGAAGGCCUAGUCAAACCUUCUUGGGACAUAACCCCAGCGCUUCUACUUCCUCGCUGAGUCACGAGCUCCGCGCGCCUUCUGCAUAUGCGCCUUCGGUGUACGCACAGUCGACACUGGCGGCGUCUACCAUCAUGCCUGGCAUGGCUAUGCAGCCGGUCCGGAACUCGGAGACGGUUCAUUGGCAGGAGGGCCAUUGCAUGCAGUGGAGAUCUUUCGAGGAACGGGCGUCUUGCGCAGUGUGUGACGAGAAGUCGGACGAGGGCAUGUAUCGCUGCAGCGGUUGCAGUAUUUACGCGCACGGCAAAUGCGUGCCCCAGAUUUGUCUUGUAUGUCCCUCCGCUUUCCGGCCCGACCAGGUGCGCGCGUCGUUUGUGCGAUGUUUCGCCAGCUUGCUGUACACGUAUCGCCGGUAUUUGGUGCCUGCGUCUGGGGACCAGAAGAAGGCGGGAAUGAUCUAUCAGUUCAAGAUGGACGACUUUAUGAAGAGCAUUCCGAAUGAUCAGGUGCAGUAUAUGUCGAUGCUGCAGGAGACGCAAGGUUUCAAUGAGUUCAUCCAUGAACGAGAGACUAAGCGCUCGGACGACCCUGCGGUCAGGCUAUUCGACGAAAUCAUUCUUGCAAAGCGGAAUCGCGGCAAGUCGUCCUUCUUCCAUAAGACCAAGACGGACUAUCUGUCCGACACAACGGAUCACUUGUGGCGCACGGCCGCAGCGAAUCCUCCCAGCUCACGAUUUCCCGGCGACUACAGGACCAUUGUUAGUCGAAUCCCAGCGAAACUGGAUCCCACUCUUAUGAAAGAGCCUAGAGUCAUCCAGGGGGUGCCACGCAUCCCUAUGGCAAAGGCACGCCGCAAGCCCAUUCCUUCGAUGCUCGGUCCGAAUGGCGUGCAACCGAAAACGCCACCUUGA